AUGCCGCCGCACAAGGACCAGGCGAACCUCGCCGCGGGCGUCAUCGACAAGUUCGGCCGCGUCGUCGACGGCGUCAAGAAGAAGGACAGCGACCUCUUCCACACCAUCGACUACGCGCGGGCCUGGCGCGAGCGCGUGCGCCACGAGAAGGCCAUCACCAUAGACCACGCGCCCUACCGGCUCGACACGCGCGGCGGCCGCCGCACGUGGCUCGAGCCCGUCAAGCCCCAGCACUUCGACCCGUCGGCGCGGCCGGCGACGGUGGGCGCGACGUCGACGUCGACCUUCGCCGACGCCUUCAAGACCUUCGCCAAGGGCGACAAGGCCCCGCGGCAGCGCUACGUCUACGCCGCGACGACGGCGCAGGAGAUCGGCUGGCUGAGGACGCGCGCGGGCCACGGCGGGCCGGGCCUGCGCCGCGUGAGCUUCGCGCGGGGGCGGUCCCACGCCCGCGAGUACUGCGACGUCACCAAGGUCUACAAGGCCUGCGUCGUCGCGCCCUGCGUGCCCCGCGACAAGGGCAAGCCCCUCGACGUGCCCUUCUGCGUCCACUCGAACGGCUACGCCUUCGCGCUCGACGAGCACAUGGUCGUGCCGGCGCCGUGCCGCGGGCCGCCGUCGCCGGAGCUCGCGUCGUGGCUCGCCGCGGCCGGCCUCGCCGCACCGCCCCGCGACGGCACGACCAUCGUCCUGCCGCUGACCGACGAGUUCCGCGGCGACGCGAAGCGCGCGGAGCUGCGCGAGCGCCUCGCGGAGGUCGACCCGCUCCUCCUGCUCUUCCUGAACCGCGUCCGGCGCAUCGACGUCGUCGACCGCGGCGCGGACGGCGAGACGACGGCGCGGUCGAUGCGCCGCGCCGACGCGCCCGGCGGCGCCGCGAACGCGUCGGUCGUGACGCUCGCGGACGCCGUCGACGGCGCCGAGCCCGCCGCGAGCACCUGGCUCGUCGUGCGGCGCGAGGCCGCGGUCGUGCCGUGGGCGCCGCGGGGCGACGCGACGCGGACGGUGCUCGCGGCGGCCUUCGAGGCGUCCGAGGCGCCGCGCGACGGCGACGCGCAGCUCCCGGUCUUCGCGUUCCUCCCCAUCGCGCCGGCGAACCUCAAGUUCGUCCUCCACGCGGACUGGAUCCUCGCGUCGAGCCGCGAGACCGUGCGCGAGGACUCGCCCUGGAACCAGUGGCUCCGCGACGAGGCCGCGGGGCUCUACGUCGACGCGCUCGCGGCGGUCCGCGCGGGCGCGGGCGCGGGCGCGGGCUUCGACGUCGCGCGCGUGCUCGAGGCGCUGCCCGUGGAGCGCGAGGUCGUGGGCUUCUUCCGGCCCGUCGCCGCGGAGAUCGCGCGGCGCGUGCGUGGCGUCGAGUGCUGCCUCGCGGCCGACGGGACCUGGGCGCUGCCGUCGCGGGCCCUGGCCGUGCCGGAGCGGCUCCGGCGCGAGGCGCCGGGCCUGCUCGCGCGCGCGCCCGCGCUGCUCGGCCGCUCCUGCCUCGACCAGGCCUUCCAGGACCGGCUCCGGCCCGAGACGCGGGCGGCGCUGGGCGUCGAGGCCCUCGACGCCUCGCACGCGCUCCGCCUCGCCGCGGCGCUCGCCGACGCCGACGACCUCGGGGCGCCCGUCUUCCUCGAGUGGGCCGCGCUCCUCUACCGCGCGGCCGCGCCCGCGGGAGGCGUCUCGGCGGCCGACCGCGACCGCCUCCGGUCGCUCGCCGUCGUGCCGCUCGCCGGGGGCGGGCGCGGGGCCCCGGGGGCCGCGCCGAUCUACGUCGACCGCGGCGAGGGCGCCGAGCCCCUCGAGGGCUUCGCGGCCGUCCGGGCCGACCUCGCGGUCGUCGACCCGGCGGUGCUCGCGCCGUCGCUCGCGCGGCCCAUGGUCGUGAGCGUGCUGCGCUCGGCGGGCGUCAAGGACGCGACGGCCGAGGCCGUCUGCCUCGAGCACGUGCUCCCGGCGCUCGCCGCGGCCGACGCCGGAGAGGAUCGGAAGCGGCUCAACGCCCGGUGGCGCUUCGCGCGCGCCUACUUCCUGACGCUGCGGGGCUCGAAGCGCGACCGCCUGCUCGAGGCGCUCCGGGGCUGCGCGGUGCCGGUCUCGGCGCGGGCGGGCCCGGGGGGCAGGCACCCCUUCGAGCCCCGGGGCGCGGCGCGGCCCGCGGCCGCGGACAUCUUCCUCGCCCACGAGCACGGCGCCUUCGACGUGCUCCGCGAGCUCUCGACGCUCGCCCGGCGCCUCGAGUGGCGCUACGUGGCGCUGCACGAGCUCGCGACGUCGCGCGAGCAGGCCGCGGGGUGGCUCGACUUUCUCCGCCUCGUCGGCUGCGUCGAGUUCCCCAAGCCGGCGCCGCGGAUGCUCGAGCGCGACGCCUGGCCCGACGCCUGGGCCGCGGCGGCGCGGGACGUCUUUAGCGUGNGGGACGCGCGCGUCGUCGCGCACGACGGGUGCGACAUCCAGCGCCUCGACUAUGGGCAGCCCGUAGUCGCGGAGAGGCUCGUCGUCGUCGCGUCCGUCUCGCCGUCGCUCGGCGCCGCGCUCGUCUCGCGCCGCCGUCCGCGCCCCGCGGCGAUGGGCCGGGACAAGGGCGAGCCUCCCGGCCCCAAGUGCGGGUGCUGGUGCCACCGCCUCGUCGUGCCCAAGCUGGAGUGCAGCGUGGAGACCUGCGGCAAGAGCGGCUGCCGGAUCCCCCAGGCCCACGUCCCGCGCAAGGUCGUCGGCGGCGAGGACUACUGGCUCCGCGUCACGCACCCGGAUUACGUCGCCGAGCCGCCCGCGCCCCCGAAGGAGAAGCGCAAGUCGCGCGUCUCCAAGGUGCCCAUCGGCGGCUGCGCCGCCGCGUCGGCCGUCGACGAGUUCGGCGGCGGCGCGCGCACGAAGAAGCGGCGAUGA